GACCGCAAACAUGGCUGUCCCAUAGAAGUGGCAAUGGGGACUUUUCUCAGUUUCAUAAAAAAAAUCGUACUAACAAAAAAGACAAUAGGAAUUUAAGAACAUGGGGCUUGUUAGACACGUCGUGUGCGCCAUGUCUGGCGGCGUUGACAGCUCUGUCGCGGCGUUGUUGCUAAAGAGAAGAGGCUAUAGUGUAACAGGAGUUUUUAUGAAGAACUGGGACUCGCUGGAUGAGAGAGGAGUGUGCUCCACAGAGAAGGACUGUGAGGACGCCUACAGAGUGUGUCAGAGCCUGGACAUCCCCUUCCACCAGGUGUCCUAUGUCAAAGAGUACUGGCAUGAAGUUUUCAGUAAACUGUUGAAGGAGUAUGAGAAGGGGAUGACUCCCAACCCAGAUAUACUCUGCAACAAGCACAUCAAGUUCAACCAUUUCCACAAGUAUGCUAUCAACACUCUGGGUUCUGAUGCCGUGGCAACAGGCCACUACGCCAGGACGUCACAGGAGGACGAAGAGGUUUUCCAACAGACGCACAUAGCGCCGCCGAACACUCUAUUCAGAGACCGAUUUGAGAUCAGGAAUCCGGUGAGGCUGUACAUGGGAGCAGAUCUCGUCAAAGACCAAACCUUCUUCCUGAGUCAGAUCCCCCAGGAUGCUUUGCGACAAACCAUGUUCCCACUGGCCGGACUCACCAAAGAGUUUGUCAAAAAGAUUGCAGCGGAGGCCGGAUUUCACCAUGUGCUGAAGAAGAAAGAGAGCAUGGGCAUCUGCUUCAUUGGAGAGAGAAACUUUGAAAACUUUAUUUUGGAGUAUCUGGAACCUAAACCGGGGAACUUUGUCUCCGUUGAGGACGGGACUGUCAAAGGGACACACAAAGGCUGGUUCACUCUGACGCUGGGCCAGAGGGCGAGGAUAGGAGGGCUGAAAGACCCCUGGUUUGUGGUGGACAAAGACAUCGCAACUGGAGACGUGUUUGUGGCUCCGACUACCAAUCACCCGGCUCUUUUCCGCGACAUGCUGCGCACAGACCGAUUCCACUGGUUAACAGUUGACCCGCCUCCUGAGCUGGUGAAGACCCAGAUGAUGGAGUGUCAUUUUCGCUUCGUCCACCAAAUGCCGCUCACUCCCUGUACAGUGACACUGAACAUGAACGGCUCCGUGUGGAUCUCACUCUCACAGCCGCUCAGAGCUCUGACACCUGGACAGUUUGCGGUGCUCUACAAAGGAGACGAGUGUCUGGGCAGUGGGAAGAUCCUGCAUCUGGGCCCCAGUGAAUACACACUCCAGCGGGGCAGAGAACGGUGGGUAGCAGCUACACAAGUCAAGGACCCUGAACCAGCCAGCUGAGAUGAGAUCACAGCCCUGCAGCGGUGGAAAUAAGCUCAGUCCGGUACAUUAGGUAGAGAUCACUGUUCAUGAAGAUUAACUGUCUCUUGGACAGGGCUUUGUGACGUGGUGCCUGUUCUGGAGGCCAUGUUGGAGACUGUAAACUGGUGAUUGUUUUUAAAUGGGUUGAUUUCUGCACUGUUUUUAGUAUUUUGUGUUCAGACACAAAGAGCUUAUCUCAUGAACUACAGUCAUAGAAAAUAUUGUUAGACCAUUGUUUUCUUCAGUUUCUUGUUCAUUUAAUGCCUGGUACAACUAAAGGUACAUUUGUUUGAACAAAUCUAAUGAUAUUUAGACAUUUUCCAUGGUUUUCUUGAUAAUGAUUUUGGUUAUUAUCAAGAAAACCAUGGAAAAUGUCUAGAUAUAAGCUCUUAAAUUAAACUCUGAUCAGCUAUUUUUGUUGUUAUCAUUAUAUUUGUCCAAACAAUGUACCUAUAGUUGUACCAGGCAUUAAAAUGAACACAAAACUGAAGAAAACAAGGGUGGUCUAAUACAUUUUUCCAUGACUGUAUAUAAAAGAAGUGGACAAAGCCUCUCAGUCUGAAAAAUGAAGCAAAGUCUGAAAAAGUGCCUUCUGCAUUUUUUCUAGCAGGCAGCAGGGGCAGCUCUACUGGGUGC